AUGCAGCUGAACUCCAUAAAAGAUGCAUUUGAUCGUGUUACAAAGAAGCAAAAAUUAUCAUCCUCUCAGUCUCUCGAAAUGAUCGAACAGAUUGUGCAAGAAAUAGAACAAGCAUUAUCAAGACAAUCAGGUCAUGAUUCUGCAACCCAAAGUAAUCACAAGUUUAUCCUAAGUGAACUAAAAGCAACAUUGAAAGAAAUUGCUUUACUCAGCAAGCUGGAAGGCACCCAGAAAGACGUAAACAGUGCAUUGAGCAAAUAUUCAAAGCUGCUCGAGAAAUCCUUCAAUCCUGAUAUAUCAAAGGCUUACCGUAAUAUUGAUUUUGAUAUACAUACUGUUAACCGAAUAAUCGCUGAUCAUUUCUAUCAGGAGGGCCAGUUUAUUCUUGGUGAUUGUUUUGUAGACGAACCAGAAGCCGCAGCUAAGAAAUCCCCUUUCUUAGAAAUGUAUCAGAUACUAGAAGCCAUUAGAUCACAGAACUUGGAGCCUGCUUUACAGUGGGCCACUACCAACCAUGAAAAACUCAAACAGAAUGGAUCCGACAUUGAACUGAAACUCCAUC